AUGGAGAUCCCUGACAUUCCCGAUGACCGACCACACAAGCCAGGAUCGGCGCUGACAUCACCUACAAUUGUUCUUGAUGACUGCUCUCCAGAAUAUCCUACAUCGCAAUACAAAGGCAAAACGCCAGCAGGAUCAAGUUACGACUUAACAGCAUUUGUUGAGCCCGCGCAAAGCGAACAAUGUCCCACUCCACCCAAUGACCACGAACUGCGUUCUCAGCCGUCACUCAAGACCCUACGCCGAAAUUUCACCGUGAACGAGUUACCCCUCUUGCAACAGACCAACCCGAAUAAAGGUGCCGAGGAAUUUCUCCCAGUAAAUGAAGAUGAGGAAAAUGGAUCCUACGAUUUGGUUGCUCCGUACGAGGGCGAUGGAGCCCCACUGCACACGCUUGAGCGGCAGGCGGACAUUAUGUUCUCAUCAGAGCAUAUGCUCGCUAUUCUAAAGAACCCGCGGUAUCUAGCGCAGUUUCGAGAAUUUAUAACUCAAGAGCGACCAAGGUCAAUUCCUGUUUUAACAUAUUAUCUUAAUGCAUGCAAAGCUUUGAAAGCAUUAGAAUAUGCGAAUGCGCUGGUGAGACUUUCAGUGGAUGUGCCUCCCGCCGGCAUUGAAGCGGCAGCGCAGCCAGUGGGGCCUACCAGAAAUGCUGCACUUGAGGCCCGCGUUGACGAUGCGCUGAAGGCUUUGACCGCGGAAGAACUGCCGGCUUUUAUUACAUCCACAUGCAUGAACAUUACCGGCAAAGUUGUUGAAGAGCGAGUUCGUGGAACGCUUCCAGAAAAGUUCCAAGGCACAGCCGAUGCUUUAGCGGAGGUUUUCUGUCUAACAGACCCGUCACGGCCUGAUAACCCGAUCAUCUUUGCAUCUGGAGAGUUCCAUCGGACGACACAAUAUGGCAUGGACUACGUGCUGGGAAGAAACUGCCGCUUCUUGCAAGGACCUAAAACAAAUCCCAACUCUGUCAGACGCAUCCGUGAGGCCAUUCAAGCUGGCCGACACCACUCAGAGCUGUUCCUCAACUAUCGCCGUGAUGGAUCUCCAUUCAUGAACCUUCUCCAAUGUUCACCUCUAUGCGACAGCCAAGGAAAGAUUCGCUACUUCAUCGGUGCCCAAAUUGACGUUUCAGGUUUAGCCAUGGAAGGCGCUCAAAUGGAAUCGCUCCAAAACCUUACAUCACAAAAUGAAGACAGCUCUAUACAAUCAUUCAGAUCAUUCAAGCAGUCCAAGUCUGAAUUCCAAGAACUAGGCGAAUUGUUCAGUCCUCGGGAACUGCAGAACAUCCACGCUUACGGAGGCAAUCUUUUCCAGCCUAUCGAAGAGCGAAUCAACCCUACAAAUAGCCGGCUGUUUAUUCCCGGCAGUCCAGAUCAUGAGGCGGAGAAGCGUCUUAGUGAGGCUCAGGCACCAAAGCCAUCGGCUGGUCUUAGCGGAUCUCUGGCUGGAGUUUAUCAACAUUACCUUCUUGUUAGACCAUACCCAUCUCUCCGCGUUCUUUUCACCUCUCCCUCUCUGCAAAUUCCUGGUAUGCUUCAAUCAUCAUUCAUGUCAAGAAUUGGAGAUACUGGUGAAAAGAGAGAUAGUAUUAUACAUGCUAUGCAGGAGGGCCGCAGUGUAACCGCGCGAAUCAAAUGGGUGACACGAUUUAGCGAGAAUGGCCGAUACCGCUGGAUUCAUUGCACACCAUUGCUGGCGAAUAACGGCGAAGUGGGUGUUUGGAUGAUUGUCGUGAUGGAUGAUGAAGAGGAGCAGCACUUUGUGCAAUGGAAAGGAAACUGGCCGACCCAGUAA